AUGUCAAAAUUUUGUGGCUCUACAGACUACGUGUCAGUAGCUUGUGGUCUGUGCCAUGUGGUUUGUGGGUUUGAUGACCCAUCUCAGCUGAGUAGCAGGCUCGAACUCGAGGUACUAAACAUGCGGUGUGGUGAUAAAAUCAGAAAACUUGAAAUUGGACCUCGAGGGCAAACCUAG